AGUGACGAAGUUCUAAAAGGUACUGCAUCGCGUCAAUAUUCAAACGCGUGUGCACGGUGUACGCGUGACGAUGUCGGCCACUCGCUACCGUCGCUUCCUCAAGCUGUGCGAGGAAUGGCCCCGGGACGAGAGCAAGAAAGGCCGAGAUUUGGGAACGUUUCUUCGGCAACGAGUGGCAGCCGCCUUUCGCGAGGGUGAAAACACACAGAUCCCAGACCCAGAGAAGUGCGAUCAGACUUACGAAAGUCUGGCAAGAAUUAAUGCCAACACGUACAAACAGCGAUUUCCUCGCGUGAGAGACACAAGCUUCACUGGAGUCACAGUAGAAGAGUGUAAAUUACUGUGGUCAGGUAGUGUGCAGCAGUCAGAUGAUGAAAAAAAGAGUUUGUGGAAAACAUUAACGGAGAGGUUUUCCUCCAAGUCGUCAGAGGACGUUCCAGAGAAAACUCCUGAAAAAUAAUAUUUUAUGCACUUUUUUUUCAUUCGCAUGGAAAUAAAGAUUGCUGUCUUUGCUGUUUAUUUUGAAUUACAUUUUAAGUCUCUGUACAUAUUAACAGUAUGUCAAAGCUCUUUAAUCAAACAAUUUCAAUGGUAAAAUAUUAAUGUGGAUUUUAAAAUGUACUGUUUUACAAAUGAACUGGCUAAAAAAAAAAAAAAAAAAAAGGCACAUUUUCCCCACAUGUUCUGGAGAUUUUGUCAUCUGUCAAUUAAACCAAGCUUGAACGUUUUGCCCAAAAUUCCAAAAUGGGUUUAAUCAGAGGCACUUUAAAGGCACUGUGUCAGGUUUGCGCUGACUCAGAUUUAACAAGAGGUUUCACUGUUAUUAGUUAAUUUUGAACACAGCUACAUCCCAUUUGCAAUAUGGUGCGCACACUCGUGGACCCACAUUAUUUCAGUUAUUUACUUUCCCUCUCUUUUUUUGUUGGGUUGUACCGGUUAUAUAUAGGUCACAAUGGUGGAGAAACCUUGCUAAACUUGAUUUCUCUAAACUUGAUUAAAAAUGAUUAAACACAAAACUGGCAUUUGAACAGGGUUGAGUAGACCUUUUAUACACACUAUGCUACAAUGAGAGCUAAUUUACAUAAGAAAUGUAUUUCACAUGCUAUAACAAAGAACGUUGCUGUGUAUGUUUGUAAGACUGUUUUAUACAACUCUUCUUUGCACUAAGUGAUCUAAAGUUAACGUUUGGAAAAUCAAUUGACGAAGCUUUGAUUAUCAUGAAUCAUUUUAUUCAUAUAUGCAAAGAUGGCACUGUUAAAACAAAAAAACAUUUUUUUUUUUUUUUUUUUUUUAAACACACCAAACAAUUUAGAAAAUCUGCUUUAAACUUGACGCAUAACAUAUUUCAGUACCGUCUUUGAUUCCUGCUGCAUAUUUGGAAGAACUUCAAAUGUGAGGUUUCAUGAAAUGUGAUUAAGCAUUGUCAUCCAAGAAGCGCACUGUCAAAUAUUUAUGAUUACAUUAGGAAAUGAUGAAGCAAAAUCUGUGUUGUAGAGACCUGUAAAAAGACUGCCGGUAAAUAUAAAUAAAGCAAUUCAAAAGUGUCA